UGCAGGUUUCGAAAAUAUGUUCUUUGACAAUCCAUCGAGGAUGUAGGGAGAGGAGUGGAAGUCAGUCAUUUCGUUUAAAUUGCUCUCGAUUGUAUUGAAUCUAACAUGUAAGAGACCCAAAAGAAGUAGAGACGUGAUCAAACCUUAAAUAACAGUCAUCGACUCGCGAGAUGUCAUGGUAUUAUCAACGAAAGGAGAUAUAACCGGCAAAACACAGCUUACGACCGGGGGCUAGGCCCAUCUCGCAGUGAAACCUAUAGUUGACUUUUUUGGCAUUGGAAAGCAGUAUGGCGGCAGACGCAAGUGAAUGUAACAUCAAAGUUGUCUGUAGGGUCCGACCACAGUCGGGAAGUGAGGUCCAGCAAGGAGGACUGAUGAUUGUAAAGUUUCCUGCCAAUGAUACAAUUAUUCAUUCGGGUCGGGGAUUCACAUUCGAUAAAGUUUUCAGGCCGUCGUCUUCGCAGGAGCUGGUAUACACAGAGACAGCCAAACCAAUUGUCUCAGAUGUUCUCGCUGGCUACAAUGGAACUAUUUUUGCAUAUGGACAAACUGCCAGUGGUAAAACACAUACGAUGGAGGGUGUAAUUGGUGACCAACAUUGGCAAGGAAUAAUUCCGCGCAUCAUUCAAGAUAUUUUUAACUACAUCUACACGAUGGAUGAAAAUCUGGAAUUUCACAUAAAGGUUUCUUACUACGAGAUAUAUCUAGACAGAAUUAGGGAUUUAUUAGAUGUGACGAAGACGAAUCUAGCUGUUCACGAGGAUCGUAAUCGUGUUCCCUAUGUGAAGGGUGCAUCAGAAAGAUUUGUAUCUAGUCCAGAAGAAGUCAUGGAAGUUAUCGCAGAAGGAAAAGCUAAUAGACACAUUGCUGUGACAAACAUGAAUGAACAUAGCUCUAGGAGCCAUAGCAUCUUUUUAAUUAAUGUGAAACAAGAAAACACAGAAACGCAGAAGAAACUUAGUGGUAAAUUGUAUCUGGUCGAUUUGGCUGGCUCCGAAAAGGUUAGCAAGACUGGUGCGGAAGGCACUGUUUUAGAUGAAGCGAAAAACAUCAACAAAUCCCUCUCAGCCUUGGGAAAUGUUAUUUCGGCCUUGGCAGAAGGCAGUCAAUAUAUCCCAUAUCGUGACAGCAAAAUGACAAGGAUCUUACAAGAAAGUUUGGGUGGUAAUUCAAGAACUACUAUUGUUAUUUGUUGCUCCCCGUCUUCUUUCAACGAAGUGGAAUCCCGGUCAACUCUUUUAUUUGGACAAAGGGCCAAGACGAUAAAGAACACCGUUGUAGUCAACGAGGAAUUAACAGCAGAGGAAUGGAAGAGAAGAUACGAGAAAGAGAAAGAAAAGAAUGGGAAAUUACGAGCAAUGCUACAACAUUUGGAAAAGGAACUGGGACGCUGGCGAAAUGGGGAAUCUGUACCUGUUCAUGAACGUAUUACCUCAUUAAAAGAUCACAAAAUAACCGAACCUGUUGAGGUGCCCCAAACACAGGCAGUGUCUCAGUCCCCCAGCAAAUCUGUGGUGACAGUUGUAAAUAAUGGACUAAGCGAAGAAGAAAGAAAAACAUUCGAUGAAGAAAGAUCCAAGCUGUAUGUGCAACUUGAUGAAAGGGACGACGAAAUACAGUCCCAAGCAGCAUUAAUAAAUGAACUGAAGCAGCAGCUCUCAGAUAUGGAAGAUUCUUUGGCAUUUACCAAGGCAAGCUCAGCUAGUUUAGAAAGCCAGGUGAACCAGAUAACGAAAGAGAAUGAAUCGUCAAAAACGGAAGUGAAAGAGGUAUUACAGGCACUCGAAGAACUUGCUGUUAAUUACGAUCAGAAGUUGCAAGAAGUCGAUCAAAAGUCGAAGGAAAACGAAACUUUCAUGGAAGAGUUAAACACAAAGCAAAGUGAACUUACAAAAGCUUUAAAAGAUGUCGAAUUGCUAACGGAAACGAUGAAUAUAAUGAAAAGAAAGAUAGCAGAAAUCACCAACAUUCUGUUGGAAGAACUAGCCGAGAUUGGGCAUGUUGUCGGUGGAUCACUCUCUGGAGUUAAGAGACCGUCUCUUGAGAGCCAAGGCCAGCUUGACGAAGAAUUCACUAUUGCAAGACUGUAUGUUAGCAAGCUCAAAACAGAAGUUAAGACCCUUGUCACCUCAAACAAAACUUUGGUGCAAGUCAAGAAGGAUAGUCAAUCAAAAUUGGAUGUAAAUGAGAAAGAUCUCGCGGCGGCCCAUUUGUUAAUAUCCCAGCACGAAGCUAAAUUGAACACAUUAAACAUCAGUUUGCGUGAAGUGGAGGGCAAAAAGCGAAUCCUAGAAGAGGCUGUUGACACAUUGAAUGAAGAAAUCGCGGGACUGAAGGCUAAUGAACAAAUGAACUUAGCAGCUUUCAAAGACAAAGAAGAAGAGCACGCGGGCUUGCUGUUGUCUGCUCAUGAAAUGAAGGCUACUCUGGAAGAACAAAUGGAAAGUCAUAGAGAGAAUCACUCGAAGCAGGUUAACAAGCUAAGAGAUGAAGUUCAACAGCAGCAUGACUUCAUCCAGCAACUGAAAGAGGUUAAUGAAAGCCAAAGACUAGCCGAAGAUCAGCUAAGGGGCGAUAACAACAAGUUGCAAGAUGAGGUUACCCGUUUGAAAGACACAAUCCAAGAGCUAGAAAUAACAAUGACAAAGAAAGAAACUGCUCAUAAGGAUCUGCAAGGACUCGAAGAGACAGUGGCAAGAGAACUGGCCACAUUAAACAAGCUUAGGCAGCUGUUUGUUAAAGAUUUGCAAUCAAGAAUGAAAGUGAUUAUGUAUGGUAUUAGCUCUUCACUAGCUGCCUUUAAGUCUACUGAUGGAGACAUAGAAGCAGACGAGGCCAAUGCGCAUGCUCAGAAGCAGAAAAUCACAUUUUUGGAAAACAAUUUGGAGCAACUGACAAAAGUUCAUAAACAGCUUGUGCGAGACAAUGCAGAUUUGCGUCUUGAGUUACCUAAAUUAGAGAAGCGCCUUAAAGCUACACAAGAAAGGGUCAGGGCGUUAGAGAACGCAGUGAAGGAGGCGCGAGAAGGAGCAAUGAAGGAUAAGUCAAGGUUUGCGAAGGAGGUUGAGCGACUAAAGCAGAACAAUACUAAAAACCAAUCGAGAAGAGCCCAUCAACCACAGAUCGCAAAACCAAUAAGACCCGGCCACAACCCUAAUCAGCCAGCUAUCAACUCAAACAGUUUGUCAGUAACAAGUGUGGAUUCCCAAAUCUCUUCGCCAUCCAUCAUUAGAGCCACAUCGCCAUCGAAAAUCCCAAUAGUGCCUGCAGGCUCAUCAGAUCGAGCGACCCCGGUUAUAAGAGGCGGAUUGAGGUCUGACGGGGAAGCAAUUGUUGGAGGAAGUGGCGUGAGUCAAAGAAUUAAGAAUGCUGUUGGCUCAGACACUUUGCCAAGAACGCGUAGUUCUAGGGGGAGCGAUGAUCCACGACGUGCCUCGAUGUACGUUGAAAGCACACACAACAUGGCCUUCCAAGAACACAAUUUGCGGAGUAGUGCCAGCAUGGAUAGGCUGAACAUGAUUACGGGUAGUUCAUCAGCAGAGAAGGGUCGCCGGCUGCCACAAGCGGUACGGACUGGCACCCCGCCAAAUCUUUCCGGUCGCGAAGCAGAAAUCCAGGCGUUAAUGAACCGCAACCGAUCAUCACCGGCCUUCCAUUCUCAUGGAGAAAGUCCAUGGGAACUAAGAAAAUCGUCAUCUCGUCAAAGCCCUCGUUGAUGAUUCACCAAUACCUGAAGUUUUAACCGUCGUGUUGAAUGUGAUUAGAAUUCAAACUGAACGUGUGUUCCAUCUAUUAGAGACCUUCGUAUUAUGUAGGCUUUUACAAACCGCGAUUCCGUCAAAUUUGUAGAAAUACUUAAAACUUGAAAGUCGUUCAAUAGAUCCUGAAAAGCAGCAGACAGUGUUUGUGAUCGCUGUGCAGCCUUUUUUAAAAGGAGAGUUGGGGCAAGAAAGAUGACGUGUGCAUAUUGCAUAGAUGCGUAGGAACAGGAAUGGGCGUCAGAAACAGAGCCAUAAGAAUUUUUUUGACGGCUUUCCUUCGGAGAAAUUUGCUGUUGAUAUUUGGGGAAAAAUUAACUUUGAAAGUUGAAAUGAUCUGGAUAGAUUUCACGUCUGUACAAAUGUAAUCAUUUCAUCCCCCCCCCCCCCCCCGAUCCUUCAGAAUCUUUGACGGGUAAGUUUCUUGUUCCACGCAAGUCCCCUAGAAGUUGUCCAAAGUAUUGGUAAUUGUCGAGGAAUAUGUAUUUUCUUAUGAUAAGCCCAGUUGUGUUUGUUCUAAUUGCGAAUCUUAAUUAAGGAUUUGAGAACAUAAAUUCUGGUUUCCUACUUUUUUGCUACCCCCACUUUAGAAAGCCUCCCAUAGGUCUCUAAGUUGAAGAAACGUUUCUUUGUCGUUCUGUAUCUCAAACCAUUUUUCGCCCAUUGUUUCUCACCCUUCAGUAUUCCUUAAGCCUACUCCUGUCACGAUUAACUACUUUUAUUUGAAAACCAUGCCUGCCUUUUUUAUUGUAUCCUCGCUUAUAAGUUUCCCAUGUCUAGGCCCUUUAUCUAGUGAAUAUUUAGAUUAUGUAGAAGAGUAUCCAAUCUCUGUAAGUAUAUUUAACGGUUUUCAAUAACUCAGAAUAUGCGAUUACUGUAGCACUCUUCGGGGCUACUCCCAUAAAAAGCAGGGCACACAACGGAGCAAAUUACCAAUAAAGAAAAUAUUUUGAGACAAAAGGAGUACCCUAAACGUAGAGAUAUGUUGUAUGAAAGUACAGAGUCGAUUUGAGCCUGGUUUCUUUGAUAGCAUUUGUUUAGAGUGACUUACAGAUUUGAUUUUGAAGGACUGUGUUUUGUGUAGCGCCCAUUUGCGAUUAUUUAUUAUUUCGUAAUUGAGAAUAUAUUUCCUACCUAUGUACUAGCAUUGUGGUCAACAUAGGACUACGCCAAUUAAUUUAUAUAUUGAGAAACACUACAUAAUGUGAUUGGUUUCA